AUGAUCUAUUGCAACACAGGCCUGAGCGACCGAGUAUCACUUGGUCUAUGGAUUACCGGCCUCGGUACUCAAUACCCUCCUCACAUACUUGAUUCUGAAAGUCUGGACGCUUUUGCAAAACGUUUCUACGAUGUGAGAAGUUCUGGAAUCAAAAGAUUGCUAAGGAUCAACCGAACGACUGGAAUUGAAACACGGUCAGCUAUACGGGACUACAAGACCGGAUAUGGCACAGAAAACAUGCCGCCGUCAAUCGCAGACAUGGAUGUUCUCUUCCGGACUGCAGGCAUCGACUUGACCGGCAAUCCAGGAUUUGACUUCUUGGUUGACGAGAAGCUCAGCCUGUCGACUUCUGUGGACCGUACCCUGCUUCAUGGCGUUGGUUGCGCUGGUGGAUUGGCUAUCAUGCGCACUGCCGCUCAGCUUGCAUGUGCAGCCACCAUGAGAGACCCUUCGCAGAUCAGUAUCGCAAGCACUCUCUUUUCUGAUGCUGCCGCCGCGUUUGUUCUUUGCAAUGAUCUGGGCUUGCGAGAUGGGAUCAAGCCAGUAUUUGAGUUGUUGGACUGGGACAGUGCGGUCAUUUCUGGGACAACUAGCGAUCUCGAGUUUCGUGCAGAAGCAGAUGGCUAUCGCACUGUACUCAACAGGACUGUUCCCAAGUAUACUGUUGCUGCCGUUGCCCCGAUGUUUCGAAGCUUGUUGACGUCCAUCCGGGUGAUUACCAAUUGCGACAACCUGGACAUCGAAGACUUCGACUGGGCGCUGCACCCUGGCGGUCAGGCCAUCAUUGACGGAGUACAAAAAGCCAUGCGUCUGAUUGAUGAGCAAUUGCGUGCGACGCGUGAAAUAUACAAGACUCGAGGCAACUCUUCGAGCCCGACUUCGCAACUGCGUUCGGGCCUGGAUUGUCUGUAG